AUGGCCUCGUGCAAGGAGGACCUUCCUGCUGUAUGUGCACGUAUUUUCGAUAUGGAUGAGCUUCUCAUCAACUCGGAGAAUAUUAUCACCUUCUCUAUAAACCACCUUUUAGCAAAACACGGGAGGCUGGCUUUAAUAUUGUCCAUUCGAGCAAAGCUUAUGGGUAUUCCAAACUCAACCUUCUCAGACGUAUUCCACAACGCCGCACAGCUACUAAUCUCCCGCAAGCAAUACUUCGAGGCUGAAAUGAAGAAGCUUGUUAGCUUCUUCCAGGGCGAACGACGAAUCCUGGGUGAUGACCCGCGCAUGCGACCUGGUCGAGGGAAGCCAGCCCCUGAUAUAUAUCUCCUAGCCCUGGGGGUGUUGAAUUCAGGCUCUGGUGAGAGACCCAUCCAACGCAGCGAAUAUCUAGUAUUUGAGGACAGUAUAGCCGGGGUUGAAGCUGGGAGACGUGCUGGGAUGAGAGUGGUUUGGGUCUCGCAUGCAGACGUGGCAGCUCUAUAUCAAGCACGGUACGGAGACGCCCUGGCUAGCAGAUCAGGAGAGUUUGCAGUUGGUGACGGUUGGCAAGCAGGAGAGAUUUAUAGCUGGGCUGAAAACUUAUCAAGUCUGGAGCACUUCGAUUAUGAGAAGUAUGGCAUCAUUGUCCCAUCAUGA